GAUGACGAAUUAGGGCUUUGUGGUGCUAUAUAGCCCUCAAUCUCUCUGCUCAAGCAACAGAGUUUUCUGUAUCUUGUCACUCCCUCUCUGCUCUAUUUUGCUCUCCCUUUCUAGAAGGAAAGAUGGGCAAGGGUCCUGGUCUUUACAGUGACAUCGGCAAGAAAGCCCGAGAUCUUCUCUACAAGGACUACCAGACCGACCACAAGUUCACAAUUACUACCUACUCUCCCACUGGAGUGGCUAUUACUGCAUCAGGAACAAGGAAAGGUGAGUUAUUUCUGGCUGAUAUCAAUACCCAGUUGAAGAACAAGAACAUCACUACCGAUAUCAAAGUGGACUCGUUCUCUAAUCUUUAUACAACUAUCACGGUCGAUGAACCUACUCCGGGGCUGAAAACUAUCUUUAGCAUCAGAGUUCCUGAGCAAAGGUCUGGCAAGCUGGAACUUCAGUCUCUGCAUGACUAUGCGGGGGUAAGCACAAGCAUUGGGUUGACAGCAAACCCGAUUGUCAACUUCUCAGGUGUGGUGGGUACAAGUCUCCUCGCACUUGGGACUGAUCUCUCCUUUGACACCAAGACAGGAGGUUUCACCAAGUGCAAUGUUGGAUUGAGCUUCACGAAUGACGACCUUAUUGCUUCUCUGACUAUGAAUGAAAAGGGUGAAACACUGAAUGCAUCCUACUACCAUUCAGUGAACCCCGCGACCUGUACUGCUGUUGGAGCAGAGGUGACCCAUAACUUUGUAACCAGCGAGAACACCAUCACAAUUGGCACUCAGCAUUCAUUGGAUCCUUUGACAACUGUGAAGGCACGGGUAAACAAUUUUGGCAAGGCAAAUGCUCUGAUCCAGCAUGAGUGGCGGCCAAAGUCCCUUUUCACCAUUUCAGGAGAGAUAGACACUAAGGCGGUCGACAAGACUGCAAAGUUUGGUUUGGCCUUGGCUCUCAAGCCAUAAGUGAGCUAUUCAGCUAACUAUAGUUAGGAGCAAUAAGGUGGUCCUAAAGAGUCGUUAUACAGUUGCCUGUUCAGACUUCUGUUCUUUUGACGGUUUAUUUUGGUGGCUUUCAGAUUGUAAAAAAUAAUUUUACAACUGUUGCACGUCACUUAGAUCUUAUAUUUGUCAUUCAUCUCUUGUUAAACUAAGGUUGAGCACCUGGUUCUGAAGAGGUUUGCCUUGAGGUUUUGUUCCAGUCCAAUGAUGGCUUUUUUUUCAGUAGUAUAUUUCCGAGAGUAAUGUAAUUGAUUGCGGUACUUGCAGAAGGUUUUGCAUGUGUCUUGGUGGCUGCCUUGUUAUGUUUGGUUGGCCCAGCGUUUGAAUUUUUUUCUGACUUGGGUCUUGUUUGUCAUGCGAAUUAGCAUUAGAUCAAUUCAUAUCACCUAGCCAAACAGCCUUUGUACGUGGU